AUGGCCUACACUACAGCAACAUCACCUCCUGUUCUGGACGCCGACACCCAAUCCAGCUUAAAACUUUCCACAUCUCUCUCCCGAUCAUCCUCCUUACAAAAUGCUGUCAAAUCUUUCCCUUCCAACCCGACACCCCCCUCUGCGCCAUACUUUGCCUCGUCCCCUUCCUCAUUUUCCUUUUCGACCUAUGCUGGCACUGGCACCCCAAAUGCCUUGACUCCCGCCGGCACCCCUCUCCAAUCCGCCAGCGAGGGGCUACGUGGUCGAGUCUCUCCUCUUCCCAUUCCUGCACCUCUCGAACUCGGCGAGGCUAUGAUGGCAGUUCCCGAGACCUCUGGGAUCAUUGACCCAGCUGCUCCUUCCAAGGCCCCCGGCCUCAUGCGACGCAUUUCCCGAGGCGCCGCGAAUAAGCUUACUAGGAGACGACAAUCCGCCUCUCAGAAUGAUAAGCGAGACCGUAGCUCCGGACCUGUCAUCAUGCGCCGACGCAGUGACAGCAAGACAAGCACCCAGCCCACCCGAGACAAUGCGCUUGAAUCCAGCAACGAAGACGAAACCAGUGAAGCUCUAGAUGGCCUCGGGGCAUGGGCCGGGUCAGAACCAUCCAGCCUCCGUAGUGAAAGCCGCAUGAUGUCAGCUCGCGAAGUCGUUGGUGGAUCUGCCGUCGCUGUUGCGCCCAAGGUGGACUCUGCCGUUCAAAGAGGAACUGUCUUGACUAAAGUGACGAAGAAACGCCGCAAGCAGGUCCGAUUCUUCCUCGAUCUUGAUGCUGCAAAGGUCUUCUGGGACCCCUCAAACCCCGCGAAGCGUUUCUAUAUCGACGACAUCAAGCAAAUUCGAGUUGGUGCCGAUGCGCGCAACUAUCGUGAGGAACACCAGGUCCCUGAGGAUACCGAAAGUCGUUGGUUCACUAUUGUGAUUGCCGACUCUGAGCGAUUCAAGGGCCGGGCUAUCAAAACCCUACACCUGAUCGCUCCCAAUGACCACAUUCUCGACCUCUGGGUUACCACCCUUGAACACAUCUCUCGUUAUAGGAUCGGCCUUAUGGCAGGCCUAGCCGCCUCCGGUCAAAGUGAGGGUGUUUUGCAAGCUCACUGGCAGCGCGAAAUGUCCAGGCUAUUCCCCCAGGGGCCUCGUCCAGGCGAGGAGGAAUGUCUUGACUUUGGCGCUAUCGAAAGCGUCUGCCGCAGCUUGCACAUCAAUUGUUCGAAGAACAUGCUCCGGGCCCAAUUCACUAAAGCCGACGCCGGUCGUAACGGCAAGUUGAAUUACUCGGAGUUCAAGGAUUUCCUCUUCCGCCUGAAGGAGCGAAAGGACGUCAAGGAAAUCUUCAAGAGUCGCGCGGAUAACCCGAAGGCUGGUCUAACUCAGGAGGAGUUUCUGGCUUUUCUUCGCGACGUGCAGAAGGAGAAUGUCGAGGCCGAUCGAGAUCAAUGGGUCGCCCUGUUCGAGAAGUUUGUGCGCAGAUCGAAAUCUCGCAUUCCGUCUGAUGCUUCUCUGGACCUUGAUGCCUCUUCGCCUCCACCUCGCAUGAACCUUGAUACUUUCUCCGCCUUUCUGGCUUCUCCCAGCAAUGGCAUUUACGCAUCACGUGCCCCUCAGUCGCGAUUCGAUCGACCUUUGAAUGAAUACUUCAUCUCGAGCUCUCACAACACCUAUCUGGUAGGCCGCCAAGUCGCCGGUGCUUCAAGCACCGAAGCCUAUAUCAGCGCCCUGCAACAGGGAUGUCGUUGUGUGGAGAUCGACUGCUGGGAUGGUGCAGAUGGGCGACCAAUCGUUUCCCAUGGCCGAACUAUGACCACUAGCGUCUUAUUCGCUGACUGCAUCACCGUUAUCAAUCGAUACGCUUUCAUCUCCUGUGAUUUUCCCCUCAUUCUUUCUCUCGAAGUGCACUGCAACCCUGAGCAGCAGUUGGCGAUGGUCAAGAUCAUGAAGGAGACUUUCAAGGAGCAACUUCUCCUCGAGCCAUUGAUGAGCAAUUGUUUCAUCCUUCCAUCACCGGAAGAGCUCAAGGGUCGCAUCUUGAUCAAAGUCAAGACCUGUGAAGAGAUGACCGGUGACCCUCGCCAAGACACGAUGAGCUCCAUGAGCUCCGUCGGUACCCAUGGUCGCAAGCGCAGUGCCAGUUCGCCAUUCGUUCGCCCGACGCCGCCCGAUAUUUCUCUCACCGGCCCGCUUCCCUCGCUCUCCAGCCCACCAACCAUCGGAUCGCAAGAUAGCAUCGGUCCUCUGAUUUCCCAGGACCGACGAUCACUCACCGCGACAAGUAUGAGCAGUGCCACCGAGGAUAGCGACGGCGCAUUGAUCUCUGCCCACAACGAGAAAAAGAAGCGACGCCGCCAGAAGAGCAAGAUCACCAAGCCCCUCUCCGACUUGGGUAUCUAUACCCGCGGGUACAAGUGGCAUAGCUUUAGCUCCCCCGAGAGCCGAAAGUAUAACCAUAUCUACUCCUUCGCAGAGCGAGCAUUUGAGAGUAUCUGUACAAACCAUGAUAACAAGGUUGCUGUGGAGUCACACAACCGGAAGUAUCUCACUCGAGUCUAUCCUUCUGGAUUUCGCCUCCGCUCUUCCAACUUCGACCCGAACAAGUUUUGGCGCCGCGGUGUUCAGAUGGCAGCUCUAAACUGGCAGACCUACGACAUCGGCAUGCAAAUGAACCAGGCCAUGUUCGCCGCUGGAACCGACCGUACCGGCUAUGUCCUCAAGCCCGACUGGCUCCGCCUUCCCUCACCCGGCAACGACAACCAGAAGCGCAAGAUGGAGCGCCGCCUUGUUCGGUUCUCCGUCGAUGUCAUCUCAGCUCAGCAGCUUCCCCGUCCCCGCUCCAUCGGACCUGACGACAACAUCAACCCUUACGUCGAGAUCGAGAUGUUCAGUGCCGACGAUCGUGGUCAGAGUCUGGUCUUUGGCGAGGGUGGCAUGGAUGCUUCUGCCCGUAGUGGCAUGUCUGGCAUCGGAUAUCCCCAUCGCCGACGCACCAAAAUCGAGCAGAGCAAUGGCUACAGUCCUGUCUUCAACGAUCGUUUCAAACUCUCUCUGGAGACCAAGUACCCAGAUCUAGUCUUCGUUCGAUGGACUGUCUGGAGCUCUAUGGACGGACGCAGUGCAGGAAACAACAACAGUAUCCAAUUGGCUACUUUCACUGCUAAGCUCACCAGUAUUUCCCAGGGUUACCGUUAUCUGCCACUGUAUGACGGUGGUGGUGAUCAAUACCUGUUCUCGACCCUGUUUUGUCGCAUCUCAAAGGAAGAUCCAAUCCCUGUCCAACGACUGGAUCUCGAAGAACUACGCGCCGAGCGCAUGGGUAUCCUGCGCCAGAUUGGCCAGACGGUCUUCAAGCGUUCCUCGUCCGCCGAACGCGAGAAAGAUCUCACCUUGGAGCGCAGCGAUCCUCCAACCCCCGAAGAGAAUAAUAGCUCUCCUAUUCUCACACCGACAGUCUCCACAGCGUCUACCUCAUCCUUUGCACCUAACGGUGGCCUGUGA